AUGCCCAUCGAUCUCUCCUUGUAUCUUGUCACUGAUUCUACCCCAAAUAUUUUGGGUGAUAGGGAUCUAUGCACUGUUGUAGAGCAGGCAAUCCAAGGCGGUGUAACAAUUGUGCAAUAUAGAGACAAACAUGCUGAUACAGGUGUGCUCAUUGAGACUGCCUCGAGGCUACACACCAUAACUAAAGCCCACGGUGUCCCUCUGGUAAUCAAUGAUCGAGUUGAUGUGGCGCUGGCUGUGGGUGCCGAGGGAGUCCAUCUCGGGCAGGAUGACAUGGAUAUUGAAACAGCGCGUAAGCUGCUCCCAAAGAAUUGCUUCAUAGGUGCGACUGUAUCCUCUGUUGAGGAGGCAAGAAUUGCUGUCGAAAAAGGGGCCAACUAUCUUGGCAUUGGGACCGUAUUUGCAACCCCGACUAAAACCAACACCAAAUCAAUCAUUGGGACUGCUGGUGUUAGGCAAAUUUUAGACUUUCUUUCGACUCUUCCGCGGAAAGUCGGUACUGUUGCCAUCGGUGGCAUCAACCUCAGCAAUACGCAGAGGGUCAUUUAUCAAUCUGCAGCAGCCACGAAGGGCUUGGAUGGCGUCGCCAUUGUCAGUGCUAUCGUGGCAGCUGAAGAUCCUUACAAAGCCGCUGCUCUUCUUGCACGGGCUAUCACCAAAAGCCCUUCCUUCGCAACUAUCCCGCCAGACCCUCGCGAAGACGAAUUUUCCUAUCUACUAAACAACGCCAUCAGCGUGGCGCGCAAAGUUGCAGUCCGCAUGCCUUUGGUCCAUAGCAUGAUCAACUAUGUAGUCGCAAACUUUGCGGCUAACGUGUCAUUGCAGAUUGGUGCUUCUCCAAUUAUGUCACCCUACGGGCCCGAGGCCACCGAUCUGUCGAAAGCUGGCGGCUCCUUGCUAAUCAAUAUGGGCACCCUCAAUGCCGAUAGUCUCAACAACUAUACCCAGGCCGUGCAGGCGUACAACCAACGUGGCAGUCCCGUAGUCUUUGACCCAGUUGGAGGCGGUGCCACCGAGGUCCGACAAAACGCGAUUAGGACGCUCAUGGCGGGAGGAUAUUUCGAUCUCAUCAAGGGUAACGAAAGCGAGAUCAAGGUGAUAUACGGGCAGUCUUCUUCCCGACAGAUCGGCGUUGAUAGUGGGCCAAGUACCCUUACUUUACAAGAGAAAGUCGCAAUGGUCAGGGACCUUGCUACCAGAGAGAGAAACAUCGUUCUCAUGACGGGGCCUGUUGACUUCCUAAGCGACGGCAUACGCACAGUUGCAAUUAAGAAUGGGCACCGUUAUCUCGGCCAAAUCACCGGCACGGGCUGUGUCAUUGGUCUGGUUGCAGCGGCCUUCCUUGCCGUGGAGCGCACUGACAAGUUGCUCGCGGUUCUCGCUGGUGUCCUCAUGUUCGAAAUAGCGGCAGAAAAUGCUGCUCUGAAAGAAUACGUUCGCGGCCCUGGUACCUUUAUGCCCGCAUUUCUCGAUGAAUUGUAUGCUCUCCGUGAAGAUACGAAGGCUAGUCCAGAAAAUAACUGGAUUAAACAGCGCGCACAGAUCACGGUGUUUACUGCUGAAUCCGAUGGCGCUGCGUCUUCAAGUUGAACGAAGCACAGUGGCAUCAAGCCUUGCCAUUUUUAGCCCUGUGGAUUCAUGUGGUCUGGCUGUAAGGCUAGAAGUUGAUAUGAAUCAGAACACACUUAAAAAAAGAAAAGAAAAGAAAAGAAAAAAGAAAAAGAAAAUAGAAAUUUU